AUUGCAGGCGGGCGCAGGACCAUGGCGAGGCGGCUGUUGACCCUCCUUGGCCUCUUGGCGGCCGCUGCGGCCAGCCCUGUUUUGUGGCAGAAGGACUGUGCAAAGGGUCCAGAAGUCUGGUGUCAGAGUCUUCGGACAGCAUCGCAGUGUGGAGCGGUGAAACACUGCCAGCAGAAUGUCUGGAGCAAGCCUGCUGUAAACAGCAUCCCCUGUGAUUUGUGCAAGGAACUUGUAACAGUGGUUGGCAAGGUUUUGAAGGACAAUGGUACAGAGGAUGAGAUCCGCUCUUACUUGGAAAAAACAUGCGAGUUUCUUCCUGACCAAGGCCUGGCCUCUGAGUGCAAAGAAAUUGUGGACUCCUACCUACCAGUUAUCAUGGACAUGAUCAAAGAAGAAUUUGAUAAACCUGAAGUUGUAUGUAGUGCCCUCUCAUUGUGCCAGUCCCUUCAGAAGCAUCUUGCAGCAAUGAAACUUCAGAAACAGCUCCAGUCCAAUAAGAUACCAGAGCUGGACUUCUCUGAACUGACGUCUCCGUUCAUGGCUAAUGUGCCUCUCCUCCUUUACCCUCAAGACAAACCCAAGCAGAAGUCAAAGGCAACUGAGGAUGUAUGCCAAGACUGCAUUCGGCUGGUUACUGAUGUUCAGGAAGCUGUAAGGACAAAUGCAACUUUUGUGAAGUCCUUAGUUGCUCAUGCCAAGGAGGAAUGUGACCGCCUCGGACCUGGAAUGUCUGAUAUGUGCAAGAGCUAUAUCUCUGAAUAUUCUGACUUGGCCAUCCAGAUGAUGAUGCACAUGAAAGAUCAGGCUGUGUUCAAUAAUGCAGGAAUGUGUUUCUGUUUGCAAAAUGUGAUGUUACUGGAUGCUUUAAAGAAGCAACCAAAGGACAUUUGUGCCAUGGUUGGAUUCUGUCCUUCUGUGAAAUCUGUUCCCCUUCAGACUCUGGUGCCAGCUCAAGUGGUUCAUGAAGUGAAAAUGGAAACUGUGGAGAAAGCCACAGUUCAAGAGAAGACUUUUUCUGUGUGUGAAAUCUGUGAGACCAUGGUGAAAGAAGUGACAGGCCUGUUGGAGAGCAACAAGACAGAGGAGGAGAUUGUGCAUGAAAUGGAGGUCGUCUGCUACCUGCUCCCAGCAAGUGUCAAAGACCAGUGCAAGGACUUCAUAGAGGUCUAUGGCCAGGCUUUGAUUGACAUGCUCCUGGAAGCAACAAAUCCUGAGGCUGUGUGUGUUAUGCUGAAAUGCUGUGCAGCCAACAAGCCUCCACAGCAGCCAGUUGUGGUGAAACCCGCAGGUGGCUUCUGUGAUAUCUGCAAGAUGAUAGUAGCUUAUGCAGACAAAGAACUUGAGAAGAAUGCCACAACAACCGAGAUUGAGGCUUUACUUGAAAAAGUCUGUCACUUCCUGCCAGAGUCUGUCAGUGAUCAGUGUGUUCAGUUUGUGGAACAGUAUGAACCUGUGGUUGUGCAACUCUUGGCAGAGAUGAUGGAUCCCACUUUUGUUUGCACUAAACUAGGAGUCUGUGGAGCAGCUAAAAAGCCUCUCCUAGGGGAAGAUGCUUGUGUUUGGGGUCCAGGUUACUGGUGUAAGAAUAUGGAGACUGCUGCUCAGUGCAACGCUGUGGAUCACUGCAGACGUCAUGUGUGGAACUAGAAGAAGUAUUUUCCAGUACUGAAAGUUUGCCAUGGCUCGUAAAAACGUGGGCUGAGGCUGGAGAGCUGUAUCUUAAAUGUCCCUCCUCUCUGCCUCAUUAACAAUUUGACCUUCAAGUUCCUUUAUUGUAACUCUUCUGUAGCAGUGCUGCUGUUGGAGGAUCAGAUCUUCAUUGUUGACUUAACAAAGAUAUUUCUGACUGUACAGUUUAACUCAUAAUGCUCCUAAAAAUAGUCAGUGUGUUGUAGAUUUUAAUUGGUAGGCUGAAGUGUUUUUAGGUGCUGGGAAGAAUGAUGAAAGGUGAAAUGAGCCUCUUAUCUUUUAAUUUAAAAAAGAACAAGACAGUGAGUAAACUUUUAAGUAUUUUUCUGUAGCCAGCUUUGAGAAGAUGACAUACGUUGUGUUUAACAUCUGUCUGUAAUACUAGUUUUUUGCUUACUGUAGGGGAACCCUAAGGGAUAAUGUUGAAUCGUGGAAUUCCUUCAGCUGGAGUUUUCAAAGCUUUACAGAUGCAGGGAAUGGGACUUGGUGUGCCCAGCAAACUUUCAAAGCAACUGGUAUAUAAAAAGGAUACAUUUGCACUUGAGUGGUCACGCUUAAGACUUGUGGUGUUGUCAUAGCUAAGGAAACCCCUCAAUAUUAGAUCAUAUCCUUUUUAUUUCCUUGGACAACUCAGCUUCAACAUGGGUGUUCUCUUGUCGAGCCCUGAACAGUUCAAUAACAGUUCAAUCUUUCCAAGCAUGCUGACACACUUAAGGAAUGCCUCCCCCUUUUUUUUUUCCCCUACUUGCUCAGCGAUUCUGCUUCAUGCUUGCUACAUGCAGCCAGCCUGGUGCUAAGGAGGUAGAGCAAACUAACUUGAUAGGAGAUGGAGGUGAAAAAGUCAGCAGGGGCUCUGUAUAUGAAAGCCUGUACAGUGUAGUGGGCAGAAUAUGUGGGAGAUGGUUUUAUUGUAAAAUGCUGUUUCAUUCCUUGCUUUCGAUUUUUCUCUUGUGGCAUAUUCCAGUAAUCUAAAGCUUCAGAGGUACUGUUAGGCUUGCAGGUAGUUCCCACUGCUGCCACCCAUUCUCAGUAACAUUCAUCCUUCUGAGUAGUUUGAAGUAUAACUUCUUUCCCCAGAGUUCCCAUUUCUAUUGGGAAAUGCACCUAAGUUGCAAGUGGAGAUAGCAGAGAGUGAGAAUGCUGUUGCAGGUAUUUUACAGCUUUGCUGGCGUGCCUGGCAGCCUUUCACAGUGGUGCAGAAGGAAAGCAUCACACUGAAAUUAUCUGAACUUUUGAACAGAAGACUUUUAAGGCAGACUGCUACCCUGAGAACAAGUCAGGGCGUUGAGGUAGGGGCUUUCAGGAUGGGAAUCAUGCUUAUGUUGCUCAAGACGGACCUUUUGGCUUUCUGUGCUAAAUUCUGAACAAGGUAACUCCUCAGAAGGCACCAGAGUAGCUCUGGAGAUUCCUCUGGGAAGGAGAAGCUGGGCUGUGUGGAGCUUUGAAAACUCCAGUCCUGUUCAGAACGUGCUGGCAACUGCUCCUCUUUGUGCAGCGCCUCAGGUGAGACGGGAGCUCUGCUAACAGGGCUUCAGGAACAGGCAAACUCAUUUUCAUGGAAUUUAAUUGAAAAACACUCAACUGCAUCUUUUUUCUUACUACUUGCACAUACUGAAUGUCCAGGCGGUGUUGACAGAUACUGAGACAGAUUUAUCUUUCCUGUUUGUGUACAGAGCUCUGAAGCACUCACUGCUUUAAAAAAAGUCCUCUAAAGGUGUACAAUAUCCGCAUCUUUCUGUCUUGGCAGGCUUGUGCAGUGCUUCCAGUGGUGUGUCCCAGCAGGGGUAGGUGUCCCAGAUAGGUGAUGGGCUCUCCUCAGCGUGGCUGCCUCAGAAGAGGUACAGGUUGUCACACCACAGCACGCAGUGUGGCGUUGGAUUUUUUAAACUGGAUGAUGCUCUAUAACAUGAAUUUUUUUUUUUAGGGGGGUGGAUUGACGCUUGCUCUUAUCAGCUGUCAAGGUUGUAAUUCCUGUGGGUUUUUUAGUAGCGAAGGACUCAUGCUGGCAGCCUGUAGAGCAGGGUGAGCUGGGCAAAGUCCUGUGCUCCUGCUGGGAAUCUCUUCAGUUUUCUCACUUCCUGUGGAAUGUGGCACCUGACCCGCUUGAGUUACGUGUGUGGGAGGACGUGCAGUUGCUUUCUAAAGAACAUUGUCUUGAUUUUUUUUUUUGCACAAAAGCUUCUUUAAUGAACAAUAAAAACCUCUGUAAACUGAUAA